CGUCUAACAACCUCUGUGUAUGUCGAUAUGGUUGAAUUAUCGAUAUGAUGAAGGAAUUGUAUUGUUAUGUUUCUGUCAAAUCUUGGCUCAUGAAGAGAAAAACAAACUGCGGAGAAUUAAUCUCGAGAGAAAUGACUAGUAAAAUCGGACUUGAUCGUGCUUAAAAUCGUAGAUAGUUGUAAAAAUGGUGUUUUACGAACUUCUUUGGUCGAUCCAGAGGAAAAUGGUCGAGAAGCACGGCGAGUCCUCAGAGUUGGCGACCGGCUCCAACAAUUUCGAAGAUUUCUUCCCCGACAGCGUCCGCCCGUACAUGUCCGCGUUUGCCAAGACGGCCGACUGUUACAGAGAGAUCGCCGCUUUCUUGGAUUCCGUCGAUUCGUCUUCGUUCAACGGUUCGCCGGCGGAACUCUACCUCACCGCAUUCGGCGAAGGGGUCCAGGAGAUCGUCGACGAGUUCGUUUCCUGCCUCUGCGACGUCGAAGUUCUCAUACUCGAGGACGAGGACUUUUCGCCGAUUUCGAUCGGCGUCCUUAUCGAGCCGGUGGCCGACUCGCUCGAAGGCGUCUUGGACGGGAUCAAAGAGAUACGGAAAAAACGCAUCUCCGGCUGUCCGAUAAUCGACCUCUGUUACAAAUACGCCAUGUGCGGCCCUCCCAACACCGCCCGGGCCUAUCAAAUAAUAAUAAGACAUUGCAUGUAUCCGUUUUUCAAACAGACCAAAAUGUGGAUGUUCCGGUCCGAGCUGUUCGACCCUCACCUCGAAUUCUUCAUCGAGAAGUCUCAGUGUGCGAACGACCUGACCGGAACCCGAUCCACCGUCUCCAACACGACGGCCAACUUUUCAAAAAGGAAGGAAAUGCUCUCAACGAAAUACUCAAUCUCUUUGGCCAAACUCCCGGAGUUUCUGCCAUACUCGAUUGCCGCGAAGAUACUCUUCAUCGGUGAGACGCUUCUGUUGUGUCAGAAGGACUCGACAGAAUCCGAUUCGGAUGUGACCGACAAGAUAUUAGAGCAGUGCGGCCUCAACGAAAACCAGCUCAUGGUGAAAAUGGAAGAAAUAGAAAAAAGCGAACAUUUCAGCCUUUACGCGUUUGACACCAUGGUCACCGAUAUUUGGAAUUGUGUCGAUAAAUUUGCUAGAAAAUUAGCCGAAGCAGUCGGCGGCUUGAGGAAUCGGUUAGUCGACAUGAGAGACAUAUAUCUGUUAGGAAGGGGCGAAUUGUUCCAGGAAUUCUUAGUCAGGGCGAACCAUCUUCUCACGAAAGAAAAACCUUCUAGCAUGGUGUUCAGAAGCCUCAAAGUACAGUUCAAGAAUUCGUUUUAUUACGUCUACCGGUCGGAAAACUUGGAUCUUUUAGAAUCGAUAAAUUUCACAGUACCCCGCACGAUGAAGAGCAAUAGCAAAAUGUUAGACCUUUUACAAAUAGACAUGAAAAUACGCUGGCCACUCGAUUCCUUGUUUACACCUUUUGUCAUGGAUAACUACAACAAACUCUUCAAAUUCCUCCUCAGGCUGAAAAGAGCUCAAAUGGACAUUCUUGAAGUUUGGACUAUAACGAAUGUGAGGAAUGAAUUGGAGUUGCAGUGCGAGGCGUUGGCCUUGAGGAACAACCUUGUAUCGCUUGUGGGCAAUUUGCAAAACUACUGUUUUUUCGAUGUUAUAGCCAAAGAGAUGAACCACCUCAUGCAGACCGUAGACAACACGGAGACUUUUUUUGCCAUACAGAGUGCAUUGGGAAAAUUCCAGGAGAAUAUACUCCAUCAGCUUUUUAUCUUCGAUUUCGGAGAAGACUUGACAAAUGUCACACAAGGAAGUGACACGAGUCGGUUACAGUCAAAUGCAGGAACGGUAAAAGGGAGCAACCGUGUUUACGACUGCAUCAAUACUUUAUUUUCCAUUUGUCAUAAGUACUCUUUACUCGUAAAAGAUGGAGAAUUGACAGCUAGUCAGGACCAGAUUCGGUUGUUGAGCAAACAGCUAAACGAUUCCAUCGGAUCAUUAGUAAAGCUGGUCAAAGCAAUCGAUAACAGCUACAGUAAUUCUUAUCUCCAAAAUUUAAUGCUCAGCUUGGAUUACAAUGGAUUUUUCUCUAGAAAAGAGUCUGAAGUCACUUCUGCACAACUUUAAAUAAAUUUGGGCCCAAAAGAGAGAAGACACCCAGUCAUGACAGACAUUUAACAUGUACAUAUUGUAUAUAUUAUGUUAAAACAAUUUACUGAGCUAGAGCAAAUUUUAAUAGAAUCAGACCUUUGUGAAAAUU